AGUAGCUCGUUCUGCUUGUUGGUUACAUUGUAUCAAUCUCCCAGCAUUGAGAGAUACAAACAGCCAUCAAGAUAUAUUAGAGAUAGCAACAGCAAAACGGAGUCAAGGAUUUUAACUGGGGUGGAAACUGCCUAAAUAUACUGGAUUUUACUACCCGGGAGGCCGAGGAGACCUGCUUUACUUUGAAACGGGCUUGAAAUUGAACCCCCCAAAAUGCCCAUUUUAGCCGGUAUUUUCCUAUUUUGAACGGGAUCUCAACGUGUGAAGGCUGCAGUCUACUGAAUUGGCCUUUCCCUUGCUGUUGGAUUUCUUGGGAGUACACUGAUUGAUUGUGUUUAUUUUGAGAAAACUCUGGCCCUUCUAUUUGUUUUACCCUUACUAUCUGGAUCUAUGGAGUGUACUUAAAUAUUCGUUGGAUCGGGGUCUGCAAGUGGGGGCAAAAUGUGGGUAACUGGGAAGGGGAUACCAAGACCCUGAGGCUGCUUGAACCCUUCUCCCACUGCCCCCAGUAGUCUGAGAAGGAGUCAGACCUUACUGUGGCAAGCCUGGGCCGCUGGCACUAAGAUGUCCCUAAGUAGUGGCACUGCAGGCGGGAAAGGUGUGGACUCGAAUGCGGUGGACACUUACGACAGCGGCGAUGAGUGGGACAUUGGUGUUGGCAAUCUGAUCAUCGACCUCGACGCUGACCUAGAGAAGGACAAACUCGAGAUGUCUGGCACCAAGGACGGCGGGGGCAUGGCGGCCCCCCCCAGCGCUGUAGCGGCUCUGCCCGACAAUAUCAAAUUCGUCAGUCCCGUACCCGCCCCUCAGGGCAAAGAAAGCAAAUCCAAAUCCAAGCGCAGUAAGAACUCUAAGGACAGUGGCAAGGCCUCGGCCGGAGACGCGGCCAAGAAGGAGGCGCAGGCGCGCGCCCAGGGGGAGGGCGCCGGGGCGGCGGGGGCCGGCACGGGGGCCACCGGCAACGCCGGCUCCGGGAAGGGCACCGAGAAGAGCGGGAAGGCCUCCCGCAACGUGCCCAGUAGCAAAAAGGACAAAGAGGGGGGUUCUGGGAAAAGCAAGAAGGAGAAAAACGAGGGCGUGGCAGCGGUGGCGGUGACCGCCGAGAAGGACACGGGGGCGCAGGCCCUGCCUUUGGGCUCCGCCCGCAGCACCCCUUUCGAGGGCACGCAAAGCACGGACCUGGCGGCCGCCGAGCAACUUGGGAAUAUUGCCCUCGAGCCUGCCGGCAUGGUCCAGCCGCUGGCCAUUAAGAGCGAGCCGGAGGAGCUGGACAGCAGCGAGUGCAGGGCCCUGAAGAAGGUCAAAAGCGAAAAGAUGGAGUCUCCGGUCUCCACGCCGGCCCCUCCCCCGCUGCACCUCCUGGCGCCGGUGGGGAACAGUGACAUCGCCUCGCCGUGCGAGCAGAUCAUGGUGCGCACGCGCUCGGUGGCGGUCAACACGUCGGACGUGGCCCUGGCCACCGAGCCCGAGUGCCUGGGGCCCUGCGAGCCGGGGACCAGCGUCAACCUGGAGGGCAUCGUGUGGCAGGAGACCGAGGACGGAAUGCUGGUGGUGAACGUCACCUGGCGGAACAAGACCUACGUGGGCACCCUGCUGGACUGCACCAGGCAUGACUGGGCACCGCCAAGAUUCUGUGAAUCCCCCACCAGUGACCUGGAGAUGAGAAACGGCCGUGGGCGGGGCAAGAGGAUGAGGCCGAACAGCAACACCCCCGUCAAUGAGAACAGCAACUCCUCCGACAACAAGGGGAGCAGCAGCAGCAAGACCCGGGCCGGGUCCAACAGCAAGGGCCGCCGGGGCAGCCAGAACUCGUCGGAGCGCCGCACCCCGCCCAACAGCAACACCGAGGACGUGAAGGCCAGCCCUUCCUCCGCCAGCAAGCGCAAGAGCAAGCCCGCCUCCGACAUGGAGCCCAACUCCAGCUCCGAGGACACCAAGGGCAGCAAGCGCAUGCGCACCAAUUCCAACAGCGGGGCGCCACCUCCCAUCAUCCCCAUCCCCGCCAUCAAGGCCGAGCCCCUGCCCCCUCCCCUCGACCGCAACUGCCCCUCCCCCGUCCUCAUCGACUGCCCGCACCCCAACUGCAACAAGAAGUACAAGCACAUCAACGGGCUCAAGUAUCACCAGGCACGCGCCCACAACGACGACGACAUCAAGCUGGACCUGGACGGGGACAGCGAGUACGGGGAGGACUCCACCCUGCACCCGGACCCCGGCAGCUGCAACGGAGCCUCCAUCUCCCAGAAGGCCUGCCUCUCCCCAGCGCGCUCCAUCACGCCCAAAGGGCGGGGAUUCGAUGCCCAGAGCCCCUCCCCUUCCUCCGGGAAGUUCAGCUCCAAGCAGUCGGGCAAGAAGAAGGCCUGCGACGCGGAGGCGGACGCCGGGGGCGGGGCUAUGGACUGCGAGGACGGGCCGUGCCUCACCGACGAGGCCAGCAACGACGGCAUGGAUGAGAAGAAAGGCUUGGACAAGGACAAGGCCAAGAAGUCUGGCGCUGGCGGGAAGUCGGACAAGCUGGCGCAGAAGAGCCUGAAGACGGCCCGGCCCAUAGCGCCGGCCAUCCCGCCGCAGCAGCUGUACACCCUGCAGACCGCUGCCUUCGCCGCCGGCAGCCCCGGCGCGUCCCCCGGCAUGACCACUGUGGUGCAAGCCAUUCCCAAGAGCCCCCAGCUCAAGGCCAUCCAGCCUAAGCCCACCGUGAUGGGAGACCCCUCAGCCGUCAACCCCGCCCUCAGCACCUCCAAGGACAAGAAGAAGAAAGACAAGAAGAAGAAGGAGUCCAGCAAGGAGGCCGACAGCCCCAAGCCCCCUGGGAAGGGGAAGCCUGAGGAGGGAAAGAGCCCCUACUCCGAGUCCUCAGACCCCGGGAGCAAGAGCGAGGCCCUCCUCAACGGCUCCUCCGACCCCCACCAGAGCCGCCUGGCCAGCAUGAAGGCCGAAGCGGACAAGAUCUACAGCUUCACGGACAACGCCCCCAGCCCGUCCAUCGGCGUGGCCAGCCGGAUAGACAGCGGCGGGAUGGUGCAGCCCCUCACGCCUCUCCACGUGGUCACCCAGAACGGGGCCGACAACUCCUCUGUGAAGACCAACAGUCCGGCGUACUCGGACAUCUCGGACGCGGGGGAGGACGGCGAGGGCAAGGUGGAGAGCGUGAAGGCCAAGUCGGAGGACCAGGCCAUGAGGGAAGGGGCCAAGAAGACCCUCUUCCCCUCCCAAACCCCAAGCAAGGAGUCCCCGUACUACGCCAGCUACGAGACCUACUACUCCCCCAACUACGCCAACCCCAGCCCCAGCGGGUCCAGCUCGGCCGCCCCCCUCCCCGAGGGGCAGCCGGUGAAGGUGAAGAAAGAGGAGGAGGAGGUGAGCGAGGAGAAGGCCAAGGCGGAGCCCCCAGAGGAGCGAAAGCCGGAGAUGAGCGUCCCCAGCCAGCAGCCCCCACAGCCCCAGCAGCCCUCGGUCAUCCAGCAGCGCCCCAACAUGUACAUGCAGCCCCUCUACUACAACCAGUACGCCUACGUACCGCCCUACGGCUACCACCCGGACUACCACAACCACCUGAUGAACAGCAACGCCGCCUACCGGCAGCAGUACGAGGAGCGGCAGAGACAGGCGGCGGAGCAGCACCGCGCGGCCGAGAAGAAGUCGGACGCGGCUCUGAAGGAGCGGGAGGCCUCCAUGAAGGAGGAGUGGAAGCAGAAGGCCUCCAUCCCUCCCACCCUCUCCAAGGCCCCCAGCCUGUCCGACCUGGGCAAGCCGCAGGCCCCCGGCAAGCCCAAGGACUCUCCCGCGGAGCCCGCCAAGUCCGUCAUCAUCCCCAAGGGCGAGGACCCCAAGGUGCUCCAGCAGGCUGAGGGGCUGAAGAUGAAGCUGAGCGAGGCCGGGCAUCACGGCAAGGAGGAGUCCAAGAGCGGCCUGGAGUCUGGCAGGCCGUCGGGCAUGGAGCAGCCCAUGUGGUACAGACAGGAGCCGGACGCGAGGCUGUGGCCCUAUGUGUACCCCAACAAGUACCCCGAGGCGCAGAAGCAGCAGCAGCAGGAGGAGGAGCAGCAGCAGCGCUGGAAAGAGGAGCGCGAGAGGGAGCGGGAGAGAGACCGGGACAGGAAGGGCAAAGAGGAGAGGUCCCGGCCGAAGGACCCCGCCCCCAAAGAGGAGGGCAAGGAGAGCGCCGACCCGCGGACGUCGGCGGCGUCCUCGGAGGACCACCGAGGGAUGGGCAAGGACCCCCGGCCCACCGCCCACAUGCAGUUCACCUCCCCCCUGGCCCAGCACCAGUCCUACAUGCCCUACAUGCACGGCUACCCCUACGGCCAGGGCUACGACCCCAACCACCCCGGAUACAGGGGAAUGCCUUCUGUCAUGAUGCAGAACUACCCAGGCUCCUACCUGUCCACGGGCUACUCGUUCUCGCCGUACGGCAGCAAGAUGGGCGGGCCCGAGGAGGGCGAGAAGUCCCGCGCCAGCCCCACCGUCAGCAGCAAGGCCACCUCCGAGUCCAAGGCCCUGGACAUCCUGCACCAGCACGCCAGCCAGUACAAGAGCAAGUCCCCCACGGUCAGCGACAAGGCGUCCCACGAGCGGGAGAGGGGCGGCGGGGACCGCGAGAGGGACAUGGACCGGCCCCGCUCCUCCCCCUCCCAGCGCAUCAUGCCCUCCCACCACCACCUGGGCUACCCCCUGCUCUCAGGGCAGUACGACCUGUCCUACGCCACAGGUCUCUCAUCCUCAGCCAUCGUUGCCAGUCAGCAAGCCUCAGCCCCCUCCCUGUACCCCCCCGCGAGGAGGUGAGAACGGGAGACCUGACUGGCUCACCUCAACCCCGCAAGGAGUCAUGUGACUGGAUCACAUGAGGCAGCGUGUGGAGCUCAUUUAGACAUCAGUUAAAUGGUGUUUCUGUAUGUUUUAGUUUUUCUGCCUGGAUGUUGGGCAGAUUCUUCGUCCCUUAGCGUCUGUAAACCCCCCCCCCCCCCGCCUCCCCACCCCUGACUACGGACCCAAGAGCCGGUACAGCACCGCCGUCUUCUGCCGACGCCCAGAGAGCCACUGUACCGCCUCGCGCUGUUGCCGAGGCACGCAGGCGACCGAGCUGCUUCCGGGGGCCCGGGGACGGCGUGGAUCACACGGAGCCCGGCUGGACCCUCGCAUCACUACAACAGAACGGCUCCGUGCGCUGGCCCGGCCCUCCACUCGCAGCUGGACCAGGGAACACGUGGGCGUCCCUGCCGAACUUCAGAACGCCUCUGGGAUACAAACAGAGAGAGGGGGAGGGGCCAGCCGGCUGUUUGCUGCCCUGUCUGACCUGCCGCAGUGGCUCUAUGCAAACUGAAGCUGCUCAUCUCCACACACUGACCUGACAAAACCACCUCUCGUUCUCUCCUUCCGAGGAAUAGACGUCACGUUGUUUUUAUUUGACUUUUUUGUUUUUGGAAUAAAAGGUAUCCACCUACUUGAUUUCAGAGGAUAGUGCAUUGUCCGUGUUUCGUUUUUUGUCCGAGACAUUUUUACCACUUUGUCUCUGCAUGGCAGUCCCUGUGCUUCAGACUUUUGAGUUCUCCUGACGUUUUUCUCUCCUUUCUUUCUGCUGUCGUUGUCAUUGUUGUUUUUAAAGUUAUGGCUGACAAAAUUGGCCCAUCUUGUUGGCCCCUCCUUUUUACCCGGCGACGAAACGGAAGCGCGCUGUUUGUGUCGGACACUCGACGGACCGCACUGUGCUGGCUACGACAGUCCAGUUUCUUCCAGAAGGGUAAAGCAGUUUACAGGCAACGUCAAUGCAUCCAUUAUAGACCACACUGUGUACUGGAGGUCAGCCGUUACACACGGGGAAAGGGGCGUGGCCGCGCCGCGAGGUACCUUUCUAUUGGUGAAGGAGGAAAACGAGGGCCGUGGUGAUUGGCCGCACUCGGAGGGGUUCCCCGCCGCGACUCUGAGGAACAGGGUUUACGGUUUGAAGCGGACGCACGAGAGAGAGAGCCGGACUUAGCGUGGCUGGGCCGGGCGGGCAGCCGCAGACUGCUGUGAGCCUGGUACUGGUCCAGAGCGGCUCAGUCCCCCCCCUCCCCUCCAGGGACCGCUGUGGAGACAGGGCAGCCAGCUGCUCAGUACUGGCCGGGUCGACCCCGCCCCCCCAGACCCGUGCUCCUCGUUGCGGUUGCUGUUUCGGACCCGGGCUUCUCGCCUGCGUGCGCACGUCUGUCCCAGGCCCGCGUGCUGGAAGGGGGGGCGGGGUCCGGGCCCGCUGAACAAUGUGCCCAGCUGCCCACCACAGGAAGUGCCCGCGCGCUCUCCUCCAGCCGGACUUGCGCCAGCGCGAAGACGGCGGACACGGACAUGGGGCGGGGCGAGGACCCCUCCCCCAGUCCCGCCCAGCUGCUGCUCUCCCCCCCCGCCCCCACCCCCAAAAAGCCAGGUCCCCGGCAGAGGACUGCGGACGUGAUUCUUCGACAGCGCACGUGACUGUUUCUGUUUGAGCAACAUCGCAGCGCAUUUGCAUUGUACUUAACUAUUUAUUCAAGGACACUUCAACACGGAGUGCUGUGGAUAGCUGUCAGGAGAUUUUUCCCGUGUCGUCAGUGAAUGAGCGCUUUGUGAACGAAGUCACAUCUCUGCUGUCCGUUUCCUUUUCCUUCCUUACCAGAAGCCCCCUCUCUCUCUCUUGUGUUCUUCCGCAUGGUGUAAUAUAGCACUAAAAAGCAUUAACCCUACACAAUGUUCUUUCAGACAGAGUAAGCCCCACAGGUUUGCUGUGUUCACCUUUCUCCUAGUUUUUUCUCUCCCUCUCCCACACGCACUCAAUAUGUGGUUUCUGUAUAUAUGGUACAGAGGAAUUAUUUUAAAAGGCUGUUGGAUGCUAUUAGAAAUUUCCUACUUUUUCGUCUCUUUAGCCUUUUCUCUUUUUUUCUACCAUUGUUGAUAUAAUAUGAAAACUGUAGCUGGUGUAACGGCUUUAUAUUUGAAGUGUUGUGAUUUUUUUUUUCUUUCUUUUGAAGUUUGUCCCCCCUAACCUUGCCCUCUCCUGCGCUACUGUUUCAACCUCCGUGCUCCUCCAGUUUCCUCUGACAAACAAGUACAUCUGAGGAUUUUUCGCUUUUUGUUUUGCGUUUUCUUUGGGCUUAGUCACCGGUGUCGAACUUCUUUUUUCCUUGCGUUGAUUGAUUCUACAGGGCUGUGUAGUAUUGUGGGGUGCAUCUUAGUACUGAAAUGCAAAAUGUCAGGGGGUAGUCCAGGCUUCUGUUCAGCCGGAGUUUGUGUGAGAUGAUGAAUAUUUCCAUAGCCAAACAUAGUUUUAGUUCCCUGCAGGUUCGCAAAGACUUAGUCACAAUCAAAUGGUUUUAAAUUUUACAUUUUCAAUGCCAGGGAUUUUGUUAGAAAUGGUAAAUGUGAUUUACACCUUCCAAGAAUCUUUGCUGUUUGUUAAUGAGACCGAGUGGAAUAUGAAAAUGGGCUAGUAAAUGAUAUUGGUGUUCUGAGCUUAUAAAUGUCUGAGCGUAAGGGGGGCCAGGGCAGAUUAAUAUGCUUAAAGAGAGCCAUAAUGGCAGAAUACAGCUUAAUGUGAAGUUGUGUUUAUGCCGGGCUGGACUACUGUGGACCGAUGAGCUGCAGUCAUGCUCCGCGGCAUCCCCCCCCUGCACAGGAAGUGCCUCGUCUUUUAACAGGAAGUGGAGCUGGAUUCUGGAAAGAAAAGAUUUGCUGGUUUUCGAGUAGUCUCAAAAUCAGAGGUGUUAAGUGGUGUCUUGGGGUUUAAUUUUAAACCUGUGCUCGUGGUCCUCUUCCUUAAUUCCAUCAGCAGCGAGAUUGUCUGCCCGACACCCUUAAAGCCCUCAGAGUUUGCGGCCCUUGUACCGGAGGAAGUACUACCUUGCUGGAAGUGGUCUGGGAAGACUUGAGUCACUGUUCUCUUUUUACGCGUUUUCCCAUCUGAAAGUUUGUUGGAUUUCCCUGCCAGUACGCUUCAAGCCAAGCAGUGUUAGUUUUAAAUGUUUCUCUUAAAAAUUGUUCAGCAUUGUUUUGGUUCUUGGCUUCUUGGUUGUUUUUACGUAUAGCAAUGACUAUAGCAAAUCACUUGACUGUCCUCAACUGAAUACCAGAAUAGGCAAUAGAGAAUUCUGUACAGUUCUUACUUUUGAAAGCCAAUGUUUUUUGAAUGGUCAACAGCCAUCACGUUGUCUGCAGGAUGUCACAUGCAUGUCCAUAAAUACUGACCUAAACAGUUGAGAGUUUUUCUGGCAGGAGAUUUGGUGGAAGAUGGUGGAGCCUGUAGUUUUUAAAAUGUGAUCUUUAUGGGACAGAAGGGGGGUGAGAACCGACUAAUAAAGGAAUAAACUGGCCUUCUUUCUCUGAAAGCUGCAUAGUAGUAAACACUCGCUGCCUGUUGAAUUGGUUCAGACUGAAGAAAAAGCGCUUGAUUCUUUGUAAUUUAUUGUGGAGGUUUUUUAUUAUUAUUUUGUUACCCAUCGUAGGAGACAGCAGUUGGAUUUUUUUUAUCACAACACAGCCGUUGCUAAAGUCUUGUCUCAAAUGGUGCUCGAUAGACGUCCUUUUGUGAUCCUGUGGGGGAGAGGGAAUGCGUUUCUCUUAUUGUGGGUUUCCUCCUGUGCCCCACCCACUCCUCGCCCAUCACCUUUUUCCUCAGCCCUGCCCCCAUUGCCCCCUCUCCUGUCAAUCACAGCUAGGGGGGCGUGACUCAGUAUCAGUCAUCGGUACUUGAAAGGAAGAUGUUUACAGCUUUUUUUAAUUGCUGUGUUUGAAUUCAUUCCCCUACUGUACCACCCAGCUUACCCUGCCCCCUCCUCACCCCCACCUUGUCUAAACCCCUCUCCCUCCUGGAGUUUCUCUUAUGUAAAGUGUACAUUACCACGAUUUCUUUUUUUAUACAAUACUGUAACUUGCCUUUGUACAUUUAGGCAAAAAAAUAAAUCUUUUUAUGAGACAAUCA